GCGACACGAGCUUUACGAUUCAACUAUCGGCGCUGUCUGUGAUGUUCACAGUCAAAUCGUAAUGGCGACUGCUGGAAUCGCUGACUCGGGAUCAACAGCCCCGACAGGCACCAGCAGCAUUCGUAAAAUGGCACCUGCAGAGAUGCCUGGCUCUUCAGGCACAACUCAAAGCAUGAAGAAAACCAUCGGACACCGAGGUGUUGAGACCACCACAGGAGAGACCACCUACAAGAAGACCACAUCGUCUGCCCUAAAGGGUGCAAUCCAGUUGGGUAUCGCCCACACAGUUGGCAGCUUAAGUCAAAAGGCAGAGAGGGAUGUUCUCAUGCAGGACUUUGUGGUGGUCGAGAGUAUCUUCUUUCCCAGUGAAGGCAGUAACUUGACUCCAGCUCAUCACUACAGUGACUUUCGCUUUAAAACCUACGCUCCGAUUGCCUUUCGUUACUUCCGAGAACUGUUUGGUAUCCGGCCAGACGACUACCUGUAUUCUCUCUGUAACGAGCCACUGAUCGAGCUCUCAAACCCCGGAGCCAGUGGAUCCCUCUUCUACGUCUCCAGUGACGAUGAGUUCAUCAUCAAGACUGUUCAACACAAGGAGGCAGAAUUCCUUCAGAAACUCCUGCCCGGAUAUUUCAUGAAUAUAAACCAAAACAAGCGCACCUUGCUACCCAAGUUCUAUGGACUUUAUUGCGUUCAAGCAGGGGGCAAGAACAUCCGGAUCGUAGUGAUGAACAACCUCCUGCCUCGCAUCAUCCCCAUGCACCUCAAGUACGACCUGAAGGGCUCCACCUAUAAGAGGCGAGCCUCCCCGAAGGAGAGAGAGAAGGCUGUUCCCACUUACAAAGACCUGGACUUCAUCCAGGACCUGCCUGAUGGUCUGCUGCUCGAAGCCGACAACUACAAUGCCCUGUGCAAGACAAUACAGAGGGACUGCUUGCUGUUGCAGAGUUUUAAGAUCAUGGAUUACAGCCUGCUGAUGGGCAUUCACAACAUGGACCAGGCCAGUCGGGAGCGGGAGCGCGGUUUGGGCAAUUCCGGGGACAGCGCGGGGUCAGAGGGCGCCGUGACCCCAGACCAGCGCCGGCCACAAGCCCAAAAAAGCCUGUACUGCACCGCCAUGGAGUCCAUUCAGGGGGAGGCCCGAGGGAAGGGGGCGCUGGAUUCAGAGGACCACAUGGGCGGUAUUCCAGGUCGAAAUACUAAAGGAGAGAGACUCCUGAUCUACAUCGGUAUUAUUGACAUUCUCCAGUCCUACAGGUUCAUUAAGAAAUUGGAGCACUCCUGGAAGGCUUUGGUCCAUGACGGGGACACAGUUUCAGUUCACAGACCUGGCUUCUACGCAGACCGCUUCCAGCAGUUCAUGUGCAGCACAGUGUUCAAGAAAAUUCCAUUGAAACCGUCGCCUUCGAAGAAGAGUCGUGGAGGAGGCCAGGGGGGACUGAGGAGGGCUCCCACACUCGGAGCUCCGACUCCACUUUCCCAGGCAACAGCCGGCGAGUCCAAAUUAAUGUACCACAGCCAUUUCAAAAGCACAGAGUCCGAGGCCGACAGCGGUGUGCAGCUGGGCAGACCAGACCUGGUUCCCCGGACGCCCCCGCUGGUAGACAACCCCGCCGACUGCGAGGCCAACCUGUCCACCUCGUCACUCGGCAGCACAGGAGUCGCCUCGGCUUCCCCUCCCCUGCGCUCGGUAGGAGUGGAGGUGCAUAAGUCAGCAACAUAUGACCAGGGGGCUUCCCACAGCUUGGAGGGAGAAGCUGCCGUCGAUAAUUCUGGCAAUAUGUCUGGAAACGAAGACGCCAUUUCUCUCUCUGACAUCAUCCCGGAGACAAACAUCUGCUUUUAAGAAAAACAAAACGAGAGAGACUGGGUGCCAUCUGAAGACGAGACGUUUUGGGACGUGGUGAUGUGGGCAGCAGUAACAGUUCAGUGAGUGACGGUCAGACCUACACUGCAGACCCUCCGAUGCACCUCUGCAGUUUUCUCGCCUCUGCAAUACGUGAUGGGGCCACAGGGUGAGCAGCAAGCGCCAGCUUUUAUUAGCCGUGGCCAAACAAAUAUUUCCCUCCCGUCUCUCUGCUCUGAGGACGCAGCGCUCCAAAAAUGAGUUGAGUUGUAUAUUGUAAAAAAAAAUUCUCGCUCGUCCCACCAGUGGACGGUGAAGACAAACUGUCCCUGAAGACUCGGUCAUCCUGCUUAUUUUUUCACAGCAUGAAGAGAUGUGACUGCCAAGCAGGGAAACACACACGAAAAAAAUUCUGAGCACAUGAAGAGCAUAGCUUAUAUUAGAGGAGGAGUGUGUAUUUUCUGUGUUCACACUGGUAAAGUGGGUUCGCGUUUCCUCGGCUCGCACUCCGGUGUUCCUGUUACCGCACAUCAUUUCCCCUCGACACUCCUCGUCAGCAGGCGCACUCGGAGCCAUCGUCAGAAAUCCACACUCGCUGCUGUCAGUUCUGCAAUCACGUAUGCAUUUCUCCUCACCGAUUGUGGAUUUACACUAUAGAUUUGAAACGGCUGAGGAACAGCCAGAACCAGACCUGUACGGUAGUUCUGUUUCUUUUUCUUUUUCUUAAGUUAUGAAUCUGAAAGCCACAGUGGUGCCACUUAGACCCCCCCCCCCCACUGCUGAAUGUACAUUUUAGUGUUUUAAUUAAAUACGAUGUGUCUUAUUGAUACGGCAGACCACAUUUGUGCAACCCCGAGAAGAUCCCCCCCCCCCUCCGAUGUGUUCUGGACGGCGGUGCGAGGAGCUGUUGGCAGCAGUAAACGCUGUUACACGAAUAGUAUUGAUUCGAUGGAGUAGUCAUGAUUUGACGUUACAGUCCCGCUGUCUGUCAUGUCUGUGCCUUUACAUAUUUGUACCCGAUCCCUAACGGACAUUUUUAUACGUUACCGUUCCAUUCACUAGUAGAGACCUGCCUUAUCACUACAGCUGAGUUCAUCAAACUGCCAUUUGUACGUCUGGACCAACCACACAGUUGUCUUGGUUUAAAAACCAUUUCAGAUUUUAAUGCAGACACUAGAAAGCUUUUGUGUUUUUCUCUCGUCGUGGUUACUUUUUUGCUGAGCUCCUCAUUUUAACUCUCGCGGUGCCAGACAGUAAAGGAUGUCUGUUUCUUAGAAUUCAUUUCUGCUGGUUACAGAAAUGACACCUACCCCUCCCUUUCACUGUUGGACCAAUGUUACUAACCACAUGUAUCGGCCUUUUUUUUUGUCUUACUCGGCUUUAACGCAGUUGGUCAUAAAUACAUUCUUUGUUUUCACAAAGGGUUUUGUUCAUUUCCUUGUUUAGGGCAACUAAACAAGCCACUGAGCUGGAUGGCAGAAAGUUUUACCCCUCUGAUAGAUAUUUUUGAUACAGAAAAUGGAACCACUACCACGUGUCUGUAGCAGAGGUCAAGUUGUCAUUUCAUGUAAGGAAUUGCUGUCCGAGUUGUGAAGCACAUGGGGUUUAUGCAGCAGGGAGGGGAAAUGUGAGUACAGAAGGAAAGGAAGGAGAUAAAAAAAAAAACUACCUGUACUUUAUCAAUGCACAGAGGAGGAUUAAGGACUUUUGUAUUAUAAACAAGUCGUGGCGCCAAAGAGAAGAGCGGAGUAGACAGGUGGCGGGUUCCUGCGGAUGCUCAGGAAUCAGAGUUAACGUGAAAGCGACACUCCUGGAGGUGCGGCUCCUGCAUGGACUGAUGUGUUCUGUAUGGUAAUAACACUGGGUUGAUCUGCGUGUUUCUUUUUUUAAAGGAUUUAUUAUUGAACUGGAUUUUUUUUUUUUUUUUUUUUUUUUUAACUGAAUUGUUUCAAGUCUGAUAAGCUGUGUAAAACCAGUCAGCCCAAUAACAAUUUAUUUAUUUUCAUCAUCAAUCAAUUGGUUUACUUUUAUUUCCUGAAACAUUUCAAUAUGGCGCUCCACAUUCCUGUGAAAUUCAAGUUACUUCAUGCGUGGUAGCACACAGGAUCUGUUGUUUACCACCUUUUUAUGUAGUUCAUCAUUGUACUUGAGGGUAAUUGUUUCUGCUAUUUUGCUGAAAUAUUGAGCAUUUCAAAUAAAUUAGUUUCAAUUUGGUUGCUUGAGAGUCAAAAUGCCACCAAAGAAAACACUCCAACAAUCUCCUCCUGAUCAGAAAUCCAGACUAUAUAUUUUGUAACUCCUGGAUUUUGAUAUUUAAUGAGGUGGUCCUGGGUAGAUUCUGGAUCAUGCUGUGUCACAAAAUAUGAUCCUCUGGUGCUAUGGUGCCCUCUGCAGUAGACACUACAGUGAAGAUGGAAGUCGUACAAUAUGAACCGCGAUCUGCCACAUUUCAACUCUAAGAAGUAUAUUUAUUGCUUUGGAUGAUUGCUGUAGGUUGAGAAAGUUGUAUUAUGUACUUAGAUGAUUGUAAGUAAACUGUAUACUGACAGAAGGAUGUCUGAGACUUUAUAGCAUGUGUUGCCUAUAAAGGGGGACUAUUUGACAAUUUCACUUUUUAUAUUUCAUGUUUAGAUUGUGAUAUGAUAGAUAUAUUAUCUCCAUGAUUCUGGGUUGUUAAUCCCCCCCCCCCAUGCUUUUUCUACAUGAAUGUUUCACUCGGCUCGCGAGCCAACAUUGCUGGUUGUCCUAUAUGCUUCAAUUCCUAUAUUUUUACGGUGUAAAUAAACUGUGUAUAUGUACAUAGGAGUCACGGAAAUGCCUUUUCAUGCAAUAUGUGCUGCCUGUCCCUCCUGCCAUGUUUCAGUUAUGUGGUGGUGAUGUUUUCAUCUCUGAUUUUAAAUGAUUAAACAUAUUUUCUAAAUCUUG